AAAAUCGAUCAACGCGGAAGUUAAUUCGCAUUCACGUGACUACAUCAUACCUACAGCAUCAUAAUAAUAGACAGAAAACGGCAGCAUCUCCCACCCCCCCAAAAAAAGAACAUGAGACGUGCGUUACAUUUUGUUUUUAAAGUUGGCGACCGAGCCAAAACGGCCACAUUUUACCGAGAUGUUUUGGGCAUGAAGGUUUUGCGCCACGAGGAGUUUGUCGAAGGCUGCAAAGCAACAUGCAACGGACCGUAUGAUGGCAAAUGGAGCAAGACUAUGGUUGGUUUUGGUCCAGAGGACGACCAUUUUGUUGCUGAGCUAACUUACAACUAUGGAGUGGCCGAAUACCAACUUGGAAAUGAUUUUUUGGGGCUCACUCUUCAAUCAAGCCAAGCUGUCAGCAAUGCCAAGCGUCUGGGCUGGCCCCUCAGUCAGGUGGGGGAGGCCCUGUACCUAACGCAGGCUCCAGGCGGGUAUCGCUUCUACAUUGUGGAUAAAGAGCAACCUCCCACCGAUCCUGUGCAGAAGGUUUGCCUCGGUGUAUCGGACCUGCCGAAGUCCACUCACUACUGGUCAAAAUUGUUGGGAAUGAGGGUGAUGGAAAAGAACGAGGACAAGAAAACAGUCCUGCUGGGAUUCGGAGAUACACAGUGUAAACUGGAGCUCCACGACAUCAAUGGGACUGUAAAUCAUGGAACAGCAUUUGGGAGGAUUGCCUUUUCAUGCCCUCGCGAUCAACUUCCUGACCUCGAGGCCUUGAUGAAAAAGGAGAAUCAGAACAUUCUUACGCCGUUAGUGAGCUUGGACACACCUGGAAAAGCCACUGUGGAAGUGGUGAUUCUGGCUGACCCGGAUGGUCAUGAGAUUUGCUUUGUGGGCGAUGAAGCGUUUCGACAGCUUUCUUUGGUGGACCCCAGAGGAAAUGAGUUGCUUGAUCAGGGAAUGGCUGAUGACAAAAGCAACGAGUGGUUUGCCAAGCACAAUAGACAGAAAGCUGCUGCCUGACAUGAACAAAGCAGUCUGGGAAAACUGUCAACUUUCACAGAGCUUUAUUAAAAAUUCUGCACUAGAGGCUCCUUCACUUUCAAUUAUGUAGCACUUAAAGGACAACAACGUUGCAUUUUGAUGUCUUGUUUUUCCCCAUACAACUAGAUGGACAGCUAUUUGCUGCAAAAGUAAAGGGUGAUGGUCUGAAAUACCACAUAUAUUGCACACAGUUUGGAAAGCAAUGUUCUCAUUGUACAAAUCGAACCCAAAAAAAAAUCAUAUCACAUUUAAUUUGUUUUAAUAACAUGCAAUUAUUUCUGCAUUUCUUUGCAUGUGUUACAACUAUUUUUGAAAUACUAAAUCAUUGGUUCUCAACUGUUGUUACCCAGGGACCUGCAUUUUUUACUGUUCCUAAGUCGUGACCCACUUUUACAGAUGUGAAAGAACAUGUACAGUCUUGUCAAAACAUGUACAGUAUUGUCAAAAAUAGCCUUUGUAAAAAAUAGCCUUUGAAAACAGAAAUGUAUAUUUAAACAUUACACAUGCUUACAGUAUAUGUUCGAAGUGCCUUCCUGCCUUAUUGUACCGUGUGAAGACAUUCUUGCGCUGUUUGUAACCUCAAAAUAUCAGCUGCUAAACUGAGGACACCCUAUAAUUUUUGGAUCCCGACCCACCAGUUGAGAAUCACUGGACUAAAUACACACAGUAAUAGACUGCUACAACUGUGAGACCCACCUCGAGCUUGCCAAAUAGUAAGCCAGGCAUUUACAUCCAGCAGCUAAUUAUUAAAAAUAUUUAAUUCAAUUUGAUUGGAUAUUUGUCUACAAUUUUACCUAUUAGUGUUUAUAUGAGUUCAUAAAACUUAUACAAGUACUCUGACUUAUCACAGGACUUGGGAUAACUUGUGACUUGACUUGCCGAAGACAAAAUGACUUGGGACCUGUUUGAGACGAGCACGUGUCACUCGAUUCCAUCUAUGCCAACAAGUGAGCCGGCACUCGUUCAAAUAUAAGGCAUUUAUAAGUGAUUCAUUCUUUUAUUUACUUAUUUAGUAUUUUUGUAAACUUCCAUUGUUAGGUUAGUAAGGUGUAUCAAGAGCCCAACCUGCUUGUAAAAUAAAAAUGUGGCACUAAGCGAGUAAAAAUAAA